AGGAGGUACAGUGGUAGAAGUAAUUUUUUAUGUAGAAAAAUCAUAUGAUUUACUGUGGAAAGAGGGACUAUUAACUUCCCCACACACACCCAUUGAAAACUCCAGGAGUGGAAAAACACAUACAACUAAAACGGGGACAUUUAAAUAACUAUAAUAGCUAUCAAAAUAAGCAGAAUUAUAAAGUUAUAGCUAACAAUGUUGUCAACAUGGUGGAAGGUGGAAUUGUUUCUUUAGCUGAAUGUAUGCUGAUAUUAUAAGCUUUUAAAUUUGAACAAGUUUAAGCGGAUUUGAAGCUUUGCUCUAUAGGAAACCAUUCAUUAUUUAUUCCAUACAAAUAGUAAUCAUUUGAUAAUGUGGAAAGAUAAAACAUAUCUGAAAAUAUAAAGUCAAAGUUGAAGAUUAUGUCAACAUAAAAAAAAAAAAAUGAUUGAAUUAGCUGAAAGUAUGAAGAUUAAAAGAAGCUUUUAAAGUUGAAGACUUUCUCCAUUGUGAUACCAUUCAAAAUAAUAACCAUAACAUAUUUAUAAUAUCAACAGCUGAAGAGUUAAAACAUGAAAAGUCUGUCCCCUCUAUUCCUGAAGAAGCUGCAUUUUCAAAUAUUUGAAUGGUUUAAAUAACUGAAUAUAUGAAGGACUAGAAGAGGGACAAAAAGGUACGUAAUAAAUAGAAUAAUACGUUUAUUAAAGAAGACAAGAACAAUAGUUGGACUGCUGAAGCAUUCCAACUAAUUAAAAGAUUAGUAAUAUCGGUUACAAUGUGAAGGAUUUUUUAGUUUGGGCGCAGAAGUGUUGUUUUUGGAAAUAAGAAACUGUGGACCAAGUUUUAUUCUGAAUAAUAAUAAUUUGAGAAUAAUUAUUUCGUUUCGCUUUUGGUUAAUGAUGUUAUUCUCUUUGUUUUGUGGUCAGAAUAGAGAGAAUGAACACAUCAUUCCUCCACACUCCAGAUUAGUGGGCGGCGGUAGUGCUCCCGACAAGCGGCUCGUCAACCGCCAUUAAAGAAGAAGAAGAAGAAGAAGAAGAAGAAGAAGUAGCUCGCUCCGCUCGACUCCCGCGGCGGAAUCAGGGAACAUGGCAGACGAGGAGGACGCGGCCCCGGAGCCCGCCGUGGUCUCUCCCCCGCAGAGCCCUCACAUCGGGCAGCCUCACUUGGGCUUGUUCUCAGAGAGCGUCCAGCCGGCCGUCGGGAUGGUGAGCCAACUGUUAACCCAGCCGUCCUCCCUGAAGUUUGAUAAAAACAUCAAACAGGCCUUCUACAACACCGGGGCGAUGAUCUUCGUGGCUAUCUGCUGCGGAGCGUCGGUCCUGAUCUACUUCAUCCUGGAGGCCUUCCUCCGCCCGCUGCUCUGGGCGGUGCUCUGCGGGACCUUCCUGCACCCCUUCAAGCACUCUCUGGCUCGGCUCGGCCGCUCGUGGCUCAGUGGCCUCCAGGACACCGGGACGCCCAUCCUGGUGGGCACGCUGCUCAUCCCGGUGUGGUGUGUGAACCACGGGGUGGAGGCGAUGGGCCGGCUGGUGCUCCAGAGGCUCACGCUGCUGCUGGUGAUCGGGACCGGGGCGCCGCUGGUCUACUUCCUCUACCUGUUCUGGAGUGUCGACGGCAUGCAGGUGAUCCUCGGGCACGUCUGCGGCGUCAUCGGGGCCGCGCUGGACUGCUUCCACACCGUGUGGGUGUGCACCGUGGUGUUUGGCUACUUGUUGGUGGUUUGUUUCAAGUGGAGGCCCCACACUGAGCACUACCUGAGGGCUCUGGCUCUUCCUGUCUGGGCCAUUUGGCUUUUCUACAUUGUGUCUCUGACCGGCUCGUGGCGAGUCCCCGUAUUUGUCAUCGUGGUGAUCCUCAUCAUCGUGGGCUCCCAAGAGAAACCACCUGACCCUGCCAGAGGAGAGCUGUCGGGGCAGGUGUUGUCUUUCGCUGCGAACACUAUUUACAUGGCGAUCUCCUGUAGCAACCUGCAGAGGAAAACUGAGCCAAGAAAAAACUCUGCUACAGGUGGCGUGCCGCCUGUGGGCCCCCUGCCCCCCACGCCGGGGCUCCCUCGUGGCUUUCGUUCGAUACCAACUGGCUUCUUCCUGAAGGAGAAAAGCCCCCAGAGAGCCAGUGACAUCUACUUCAUUCUCCUGGUCUGGGCCAUUGUACUGGUUCAGGUCUGGCUCAACCUCUGGAUCCUACAACUGCUGCCGAUCCCUGUGGCUGUGUGGGUCCUGAAGAAGCUGGUGGUCCACUUUGGCCUGAAGGGCUUUGCAGAGCGCACUCUCACCUCGUGGUGGGCGGUGCUGGAGAAGCUUGGCCGUGAGCGAGAGGACGCCCUGCUGCCUGGACCAAUCAAAGGCGUGGCUCAGUUCCUGCUGCGUAUCGACACCAAGCUCUGGCAUUGGCUUAACAAGCAGAUGGUCGUGUGGUUGGAGCGGUCUCUGGAUAAAAUCAUCAGCAUCUUCAUCAUCUUCCUCCUGGUCACAGGCACCCUGCUCAUGGCUCUGCUGCUCACCGCGAUGGUUCACCACGAAAGUGUCCACAUCAUCGACGUGACCAGUAACCUCAUCAAUGAGACGGUCGCCAACCAUCCGGAAUGGGCCAAUUGGCUUCCAGAGGCUCGUGUGGUGCAGAAGGCUCUCAAUUCAGCUGCCACUAAUGUCCAUCAACACGGUCGAGAAUGGAUAACACAAAAGCUCCAGAAGAUGUUGGGCGACAAGGUGAACAACACGGCUGUGAUUGAGAAACAGGUUUUGGAGCUCUGGGACCGAUUGUACCACUCCUGGUUUGUGAAAAACAUGACCCACCCUGGACGGCCCCGCGGUCAGAAGAUGAUGGCCCAGAGAGGAAACAGCUGGCUCGGAGAAAUCCUGGAGUGGAAGGACAUCGCCUCCUUCCUGCAGGAGAACAUUGAGACUCUGCUGUCCAUCCUGGAGUCUCUUUGGGUGGUGAUGAGCAGAAACGUGGGCCUCCUCAUCUCCACGACAACGACUCUCCUCACCGUCUUGUUCCACAGCGGAACGGCUCUGCUCAACUUUGUCCUGAGUCUGGUCAUUUUCCUGACCACUCUCUUCUACCUGCUGAGCUCCAGUGGUGAAUACUACAAACCUGUUAAAUGGGUGAUCAACUUGACCCCCCUCUCCCAGCCUGGCCCCUCCUCCAACAUCAUCAGCCAGUCUGUAGAAGAGGCCAUCAGAGGAGUGUUUGACGCCUCUCUGAAAAUGGCCGGCUUCUACGGCCUCUACACUUGGCUCACUCACACCAUGUUUGGCAUCAACAUCGUCUUCAUUCCUUCUGCUCUGGCCUCCAUCCUGGGCGCGGUGCCGUUCCUGGGGACCUACUGGGCCGCGGUGCCGGCCGUGUGUGACCUGUGGUUGGUGCAGGGCCGGGGAGUCAAGGCCCUGCUGCUGCUCAUCUGCCAUCUGCUGCCCACGUACUUUGUAGACACGGCGAUCUACUCUGACAUCUCGGGGGGUGGACACCCGUAUCUCACGGGUCUGGCCGUGGCAGGUGGAGCAUACUAUCUGGGUCUGGAGGGCGCCAUCAUCGGGCCCAUUCUGCUCUGCAUCCUGGUGGUGGCAGCCAACAUCUACAGCGCCAUGCUGAUGAGCCCCAGCUCUGCAGCGCCCACACCGGUGCACGCCAGCUGGCCAAUCAGCCAGAUCAGGACCAUCAUCGACUCCACCCCCACCGUCCUGAAAGAGUGAGUGAGAGCCGGAGGGUGUGUCCUUGCGGAAUGUCACCUGGCUUCUUAUUGGCUGUUUCCUCAUGGGGAAGCGCUCCCAUCCCUGAAGCCCGAUCCUGCGCCACCCGGCUCUACGGAGGUCUGCCCCGACCGAGGAGAGCCGGCGGCGUCACGGCCGGUCCCACGUGAUGCUCCAGAGCGGCUUCUCUGAGCAACUUUCACUAAAGACCCUCAAAUUACAGACGCACUCGUGAGUCCCGAUCCCCGACGUGGACCAAUGGCGUUACGUCGGGCAUCCCGGCGGACGUUGACGCCAAGCACAUCAUCCCUCACAACUCCAGUGCCUGAAUUGGUUUUAUAAUGUUUAGAGAUGCCUAAAAUUACUAUGCGGUUUGUGGUGAAUCGUAAGAUAAUAUAUAUAUAUAUAUAGAUUUAUCUCCAGUGCCCCUGAUUUCCACCCCAGGCUGUGCUUUAAGCUCCAGGAAGUGGUCGUGCAGUCUUUGUUCACGCUCCCUCUCCUUCAUAGAGGCUCAAGGAGAGUUUACCAAGAAGUCCUCCCGCCCGGCUCAAGAGAAGCACGUGACUGGUUUUUUUAGUUUAACUUAAUGCGUCAUUCACGUUUUAGUGAUAGGAAAAGGACCACCACUUCAUUCGUACACACUUGGCUGAUGCGUCGGUAUUAAAGCACGUUUACACUCAGAAUAACUUGACAUUUACAUGUUUUACUGAGUAUUUCUGUCAGCACUCUUGAGUUUGGUGACAGUUUGGACCUCACUCACCUCGAACGUUUUGUCAAAUGUCUGCAUAUUUUCUACUCUCCUCACCCCCUCAUCCAUUCCCGUACUCUAUACUUGGAGUACUUUUCUAAACAAAGUAGAAAGUUAACAGCUUUUUAAUUGUUAAAAACGAACCAUGCAGUUUAAUGGUGUAUGAAAUGCAUUGAUCCCACAUGGCUGUUAGCUCACCGACGGGCUGUGAUUUGUUUUUUGGGUUUAGUUCAGCAACAGUUUUCAUGUUUAAAUUACUGUAGUUUCCACUUUGUACCAUUGCUAUUUGUUUUACAUGAACAGAUACUCACUUCCACAUUAAACAUCGUUAACCUGU